AACAAACCUUCCUCGGGUUCGACCACCGGUUCCUCUAUUCCCCAGUUCCAACAUCCCACAAGUGCCGCAGCUCAACGUUCAGGGACUGCGAAAUCCCCGCACCAUGGCAGAUCUGCAUAGCAACAACUCGUUCGACUCCAACAUGGGCGUUGGCCUUGGGCCCGCCUUCCGCAGCGACUUGUCAACCGACAUGACGGCGUCGCCUUACACGACUUUCAGCAGCCGUUCAUUCUCCUCGGAGACGAUGCAAACCGUUUCUCCACAGGAAAUCUUCGGGGAUUCGCUAGGGUCGGCCCCUCCGUCGACGGCCAUGACCAAUAUCACGACCCCUGACAUGAACGAGUCGCCGUUGUUCUACACAGACUCUUACACCACCUCUCCCAUGUUCCAGAGCGAGUCUGUACCGACGCAGAACGACUGGUACUCCCUGUUCCCUGAGCAGGAACUGAUCCAGCCAGCGAGGCCUUCCCCACCUGCCGCUACCCCGGAGCUAGAGCGAACUGAGAGUUCGGAAUCCAUGGCUAGGACCAGCUCAUCCGACUCUCACGUCAUCCUGGACAAUCCACUCCACAGGAGGAAGUCGUCUGUCAACGGAUCCCCUGUUCCUGGAUCCGUGAAUAAGUCUCGUCGUCGUCGCGAGGGCCCGCUCCCACCAAUCAAGGUGGACCCCAACGACCCCGUGGCCUUGAAGCGAGCUCGCAAUACGCUUGCUGCUCGUGAAUCCAGGCAGCGGAAGCACGACCACGUCCAGAACCUGGAACGGCAAAUCUCGGAACUGACAUCGGAACGCGACAAGUGGAAGACGAUCGCUUUGUCGUUGGGAUACACGGACACGGAAUGAUAUCGAUUUGCGCUCCUGCUUGUUGAAUGUUGCACCGGAGCUGGUGAAGGGAAACUUUCGCCAUGCCUCAAAAAGCACUGAUUUCUUGUUAUCCUCUCCUCCUGAUUCGGUUGCCUCUCACCUCACCCACUAUUGGGUGCAGGUUGUUAAAGGGACCAUUUUCUUUGCUUUUUCUUCUCCCGGCCGGAGCGUAGUCUCCCUUUGGGUUGAUUGACUCCUCCUGGUAACGGACUGUUAGCGAUGCGAUUUGAGUUUGGUAAUGGAUGAUGUAGGGUUCCUGUCUUUAUAGGAUCUUUCCUGACACUGGCGGCCGUCUUCUCUCUGAAGGGCUCGCAGACUAUGCUUAUUAUAUAUUUUGUAUUUUUUUUGAAUGUCGAUGAGUCCCAUGCAAC